UACACGGGGCUAGCUCAGCUGGACUCCCCCAGCCAGCGCCAACACCGCAGAGCGGAGUGAGCGCAGCCUCCUAGGGGCGCGGGGCGCCGGAGCCAUGACCCUCCGCCGACUCAGGAAGCUGCAGCAGAAGGAAGAGGCUGCAGCCACACCGGACCCUGCUGGUCCGGCUCCCGACUCGGAAGCAACUCCGACCCACUCGGGCCCCCCAGCCGCCGCCGCUCCGCCUGGAGCCCCGGGGGACGAGCUGUACGCCGCGCUGGAGGACUACCAUCCUGCGGAGCUGUACCGCGCGCUCGCAGUGUCCGGGGGCACCCUGCCCCGCCGAAAGGGCUCAGGAUUCCGGUGGAAGAAUUUCAGCCAGAGCCCUGAACAGCAACGGAAGGUGCUGACUUUGGAGAAAACGGACAACCAGACCUUCGGCUUCGAGAUCCAGACUUACGGCCUUCACCACCGAGAGGAGCAGCGCGUAGAGAUGGUGACCUUCGUCUGUCGAGUUCACGAGUCCAGCCCUGCCCAGCUGGCUGGGCUCACACCAGGGGACACCAUUGCCAGUGUCAACGGCCUCAAUGUGGAAGGCAUCCGGCACCGAGAGAUUGUUGAUAUCAUCAAGGCAUCUGGCAACGUUCUCAGACUGGAAACUCUGUAUGGGACAUCCAUUCGGAAGGCAGAACUGGAGGCGCGCCUGCAGUACCUUAAGCAAACCCUGUAUGAGAAGUGGGGAGAAUACAGGUCGCUAAUGGUUCAGGAGCAGCGGCUAGUGCAUGGCCUGGUGGUGAAGGACCCAAGCAUCUAUGACACACUGGAGUCCGUGCGCUCCUGCCUCUACGGCGCCGGCCUGCUCCCAGGCUCGCUGCCGUUUGGGCCUCUGCUCGCUGCGCCUGGGGGUCCCCGUGGGGGCGCCCGGCGGACCAAGGGGGACACCGACGACGCCGUAUACCACACGUGCUUCUUCGGCGGCGCCGAACCGCAGGCGCUGCCACCCCCGCCGCCCCCCGCGCGCACGCCAGGCCCAGGCUCCGCCGAGGCCCCGGCGUCCGUGCUGUGUCCCGCUCCCCGCGCCACGCUCAGCCGCAGCGCCAGUGUGCGGUGCGCGGGCCCGGGCGGGGGUGGCGGCGCGGGCGCGCCGGGCGCGCUCUGGACUGAGGCCCGCGAGCAGGCCCUGUGCGGCGCCGGCCUACGCAAGACCAAGUACCGCAGCUUCCGCCGGCGGCUGCUCAAGUUCAUCCCCGGACUCAACCGCUCCCUGGAGGAGGAGGAGAGCCAGCUGUAGGGGCGCGGUUGGGCAGGCGGGAGGUAUUUAUUUAUUUAUUCAUUGUAACAGCAGUGCAAAAAUGGGAGCAGUAGUGCCGGUCCAAGGACCUCAAGAGCCCAAAGCUGCGGGAGAGGGUCCUUGCUAGCUCUGGCAGGUCUGGUAGGUUCACGGCUUGUCUCAGCUGAGGAAAAAGGGAGCCUAGUUGCUUUCUUUCCUCCCCUACAUCACCACAGGAUCUCUGCAGGGGGAGAAUAGACACUGGGAGUUGGGAGAGGUUUGAGGGACCAAAGAGGGCUGUGCAGCCUACAGUCUGGGCCAGUUGUGCCUUGUGGGGGCCUGUCCCAAAAGCCCUCUCCUCAGCUUUACUUGCUCCCCAGUUCUUAUCCUUGGGGAGAGGAGAUCGUGAUGGAUCAUUCCCCACCCCGUACACACACACACACACAUACACAUCCAAGGGGGCAAGGUGCUGGGUCCCUCUCUCGAGUCUUGACCCUAAGGGCUUAACCCCUCUCCAGGGGCCUGUACUAAGUGGGUCCUGCCAGGCAGGGGUCCUGGGUUCUGCGCUCCUUGGGGAACAGGAAAGAGUACAUUCAGGUGGGGUGGGGCAGUCUGGACUGUACCACCGUGUUUUUGUUGUUGUUGUUGUUGUUGUUGUUUUUGCAUAUGUUACUUCUAAACCACAAACUGUAUAAAA